AAGCUUCUGGUGAGUAAGCAGUAUAGAAGCUUUCUUAACUUUUUCUAGGUAUUAAUUUGGACAAAGGACUGUGUUUUAUAGACAGACUGAAAAGAACAACUUUUUUUUUCUUUUUUUUAACUUGAAAUUGUCUUCAAGUCCUCUCAUUAUCUUAAAGAAAAAUGACUUACAGAGGUUACAGAGGAAGCCCUUGGCAGCAGAGUGGACCAAACUUUGGCAUGAACCAAAUGAAUCCAGGAAUUGGAAAUAUGAGUGGAUAUGGAGGAAACCCAAUGGGCAUGCGUUCAAUGAGCAUGGAAAGGAUGAUGUUAGAAAGAGGAAGUGGUGGUGGUGGUGGAUUUGGUGUUGGUAUGAAUUAUGGUAUGAGUGGUGGAGGAAUGGGCAUGAACCAGAGAAUGAACAUGAUGGAACCUGUUGGCAGAAUGGGAGGUGGAGGCAAUCGAAUGGGAAUGUUUGGACAAGGAAACAGGAUGAACAACAGAGACAAAGGAGGUUGGGGUAGAAACCAAGGACAGAGAAAAAGGCCAGCACAACAACAGGGCUCAGGUGGAGGGCCUCGUGGUAAGAGGCAAAGGUCGGGUGGUGAUAACAUGCAGAAAAAUGAAAAAAAAGUAAAAAAGGAUGGCCAAGAAGCUUAUAAUCCAGCUGACCCAACUGAAGACAGCACAGAUCAGAUGCUGAGUUUUCAAGAUGAACCUGAAACUUCUGGUGGUGGUGGAAGUAAUGACAGGCGGCAAAAAUUUCAAAAACAUGGAGGGAAAGGGCGUCGGGGAAAGCAGCAUCGGGGAGGAAGAGGAAUGAUGAAAAGGGUUGGCCCUCACUAUUGUAAUCAUUGUGAUGUGUUAUGUCCCUCAAUUGAGAGAUUCCAAAGUCAUGUGAAUAGCCAGAACCACAAAAUAAGCGUGGAAAGAUCUAUAAUGAUGGAGCAGCAGGCUAGGGCUGAGGCUAUUGCCCGUAUGGAAGCCACCGAACAUCUGCAGAUGCUCGAAAUGAGACAAAGGCAAAGAAUGCCAGAGCGAAAUGUUUUCUACUGCACCGUAUGCGAGUGUGAGUACAGUGGCAGUUUCCUUGGACAUCGAAGAACUAAGGAACAUAGGAAAAACCGUGACCAGAAAUAUCCAAAAUGUAGGCUCUGCAGAAUGACAUUUAACAGUCCCAUGGAGUUUAAGAAGCAUGAGAGGACUGCUAGCCACAAGAAGAACCUUGCUAGAUGGUCUGCCAAAAAAGGAAUUGCCUCUACUAUUUCUGAUAAUGAUUUGGAUUUUGUGAUACUGGAUGCUAGUGGAAUUUUUGAAGAUGAAGAUUAUGAGAUUGAAGAAGCUGCCAAGGAAGAAGAGAAUGAGAAGGCUGAAAAGGUUUGUAUCAUUUAAUAUUUCACUACAGGC